AUGCAUAUUGCUGAUGUAAAGGGUAAUAAUUAUAUUAAAUUGAAUGGCGGAGUUUCUAAGGCUUACAUGAAUGGGGCAGGAAACACUUUUGGUAAGGAAGAGAUUAAAAACGAUAAAAGCGCAGUUUACAUUACUAAAAAUUCUGGAGGUUACUCUAGCGGUGAAACUGUAAUUACAAUUGAAGGGAAUUCGGUUUCAACUAUGACUUCUGGUGGAGUGUUUUUUGGCUGA